CGUCGGCUUAAUCGGAAAAUGUCGUAAGUCCAUAUUUUUUGGAAAAUAACAUUUUUGCGCCAUCUGUUGUGUUAUAACCAUAGCUACCUAUUUAGCAAAUAUCGGAUGUCCAGGAUAAAAUUUAGUGCGCAGAAACCUGUAUCAAAAUUUUGACGUAAGUCCACCCUGCGCAAAAUGUGUUAAGAAAUUGUCGUAAGUCCGUCAGUUUAAUGGUGUACGUGCAUCGUACGUGAUAAUACUUGUCAAUUUUAGCUUUAUCUGUGUUUUUCUCUUUGAAUUCGGUCUAGAAAGUGUCUAUUAUUACGUAAGGUAAGUUAUUUUUGAAAUAUUUUUUAUUUUUCAGUGUAUAUAGGUUGAGUCUCAUUUAAAAAAACAUGUUUUUUCUCCAAGACCACGUAAGGUGGAGUUACGACAUUUUCUCUAUACUAUUCGUAAUAAAAUUUUUAUGCAGAGUGGAGUUCAAACAUUUUCUUCAGUACACAAAAAUUUACAACUUGUCAUAAUUAACACUCUUAUUAGUAAGAUAACUUUAUUAAAAUAUUUUCAAAAUGUGGUUACAUAUUUUUUAGUAUAAUGGACAAGUUUAUAUUGGGUCCGAAGCUAAAAAUUCCACCUGUUUCUUCUCGUACCAUGUUGAUGAUGCAACAAGUUUCCGAUUUACCUGAAAUAUUUACUAGCCCUUCAACAGUACAAAAUGAUAAACAUUUUGAUAAAUUUGUCAACAAGAAUGCUGUGAUUUUCGACAUCCCAGAGGUGACUGAUGGUAUAUUUUCAAGUGAAAAACGUACUAUUAAAUAUAGUGAGAGUACUUGGGCAACUAAUAAUAAUGCAACCAUAAUUAAUAAUGACCUUGAUAAUGCUGAUAUUUGCAAUGUUGGCGAAUCAUUAGACCUAGAAAAUAGUGGUCUGCAAUGCUUGUUUCCGGUAAUAAAUAAUGAUAACAAUGAGUCAGAUUACAAUAAACCCUUGGUACUUAAUUACCUGGAAAAUACAGAAAACGUUGAGCCUAUAUGCCAGUAUGUUCUAGACCCAGAGAUGAUUACUAAAGGUAGGUAUCUUUUAUUUUCUUCCUUUAGUUUUUAUCGGGGUUUUAUAAUGACUCUUUAUUUUGCAGACAACUAUGGGACCAUGUAUGAUAAAAUCAUAGAAAAUGAAAAUAUCGUAAGAACUCAAUCAUGUCAGGAUAUUCUAGAAGCAGAACUCGAGCCAACAGCAUCAAAUUUUGCCAAAGGAAAUGGAAUUCUCGGAAAAGAUAAUUCUGGUAUUGACGGGAUUAACACACAAGUUUCAAGGCAACAGGAUCCUGACUACAUCCAAGAAAGUGAAGAUAGUGAUACAACCGAAGAGGAUGAUAACAUAACUAGUACUGUGACAGAACAAGAUGAUACAGAAGAUGAUACUAGUACUGUGACAGAACAAGAUGGUACAGAAGAAGAACGUUUCAUUUCCAGUAAUAAAAGAAAGAGGCGAAAAAGACACGAUGUUAGACAGGAUAUUUGGAGAGAAAAUAUUAACAAAAAAAAGAGAGAAGAAGGUAAAGAAUACACUGGUAAAAAGAAAACCCACAACGGCUGGAAUUACAAUAUUAAAAGAGAACGAAGAGUAUUAGGUCCACGAUGUGAUUGCAAGAUUUCCACAAAUAAUACUUCAAUACAAUGUUCUAAAUUAACUGAUCAAGACAGAGACCAUAUCUUCAACUAUUUUUGGGAUACUUUAGACUGGAAUCAGAGAAAGAUUUACAUCGACAUGCUAGUAAAAAUAUCAACAACAAAGCGUCAAAGGAAUAGAAAAUUGGCAAACCAGUCAAGAAGGAGUUAUACAUGGCAAUACUUUCUGAAAAACGACGAAACAGAGAUAAGAGUGUGUAAAAAUAUGUUUUUGUCCACUUUAUGCAUUGGGGAAAGAUCUGUCAAAACCUGGAAGCAAAGUCAAUCUGGAAACGAAGAUAAAGAAGGCGAAAACCCAACACCAACAGUAAACAGCAAAAGACUAGCUCUAAAUUUUGAAAAAAACAAGACUCUUAAAGAGUUCUUUGACAACAUUCCAAAAAUGGAAUCCCAUUAUUGUAGGGCGAGCUCAUCGAAACUUUACCUAGAACCCCAAUGGCAUACCAAAUCUGCUUUGUAUAAAUUUUAUAAAACACACUGGUGUAACGAAAAGCAGUCUAAUCCUGUUUCAAUCGCUACAUUCCACCACACAUUUGACUCCAUGAACUUAAGCAUUUUCCAACCAAAAAAGGACUUGUGCGAUACAUGUGUCGCACAUGAUGCUGGAAAUUUAAGCAACGAAAACUAUGAAGAUCACAUACAAAAAAAGAAGGAAGCCAGAGAAGCAAAAGAAUCAGAUAAACUAUCUGACCAUAAGGUAUUUUGUAUGGACUUACAAUCGGUUUUGUUAAGUCCUAAAUCGAAUGUGUCGUCUUCCUAUUUUAAAACAAAAUUGAUUGUGCACAACUUCACAAUUUUUAAUAUAAAAACCAAAGACGGAUAUUGUUUUAUCUGGCACGAGUCAGCUGGGGGUGUUAGUGCAAAUGAUUACUCAUCGAUAAUUUGCCAGUUUUUAGAAAAUUCGGUCAUUCCAUCCAUAACCGCAGGACAAAAGAUUAUACUCUUUAGUGAUGGUUGCACAUCACAAAAUCGUAAUGCUGUUUUAGCAAAUUCUUUGCUUAAUUUGAGUAUGAUCCACAACACGAUAAUAGAACAAAAAUAUCUUGAAAAAGGGCAUACUCAAAUGGAAGCAGAUUCAAUGCAUGCUACCAUUGAGAGAAAGCUUCAUAACAGAGUAAUUAAUGUACCUGCCGAUUAUGUGGGAAUAUGCCUACAUGCACGAGAGAAACCAAGACCGUACACAGUAAAAUACUUGGAUUACAAAUAUUUUAAAAAAUAUGAUGGCAUCAAAUUUGUUACUUCUUUGAGACCAGGGAGAAAACAAGGAGAUCCUGUGGUUACAGAUUUACGGGCUAUUCAAUAUUCCCCAAGUGGAGAAAUCAAUUAUAAAUUACGACACCCUGACGAAUAUAAAAAGUUGGAAUUUCGGCAGAGUCAGAAACAAAUGCCGGUGACUUUUUCCGAAUUGCCGCCCCUAUAUACUAAGGCAAUUCCUAUAAAAAAGCAAAAAUGGGAUCACCUACAACAACUUAAAAGCAGUAUUCCCAAGGACUAUCACUCAUUUUAUGAUAAUCUUCCAUUUCAACAAUAAAUACUUGUAUUUUUUAAUUUUGUUAUUUUUUGUAAUAAGUUACAUAAUAUUAUUUUAUAUUGGUAUUUUUCAAUAAAUAAUACUUUUUUAACAUAAGAAA